CCCCUGUACUUCCAAUCCAACUUAGAAUACGUACUUCAAAAAAUCCAAUUGGCUGUAUUCUAGUUACACCCUAUGCGCACGGUCGUGUUCAGUCGGACGUGAAAAGAGGCAGUAGGGACCCCCGAAGUCGCCGCAUCCGCCACUCUUUUCAAUAUGCUUCGAUUGUUGCAUAUCUCGCUGGGCGCGAUUAUCGUCUUUCUCUCCGCGCACGUCAAUGCCCAUGGUGGAGGCGACCAUUCGCAGAUAGUCGUGCCCGACGAUGCCGACUGGGCCACUCGACACAUGGCCGAGGAGCACCACGUCACUGGGUUCGACGCCUCGACCUUCUUCACGCUGCACGACUACGACAACACAGGCCUCUGGCUGGCCGACGACAUCAAGCGGACAUACGGUCUCUUCGACCCGUCAACCAAAGACAUCCCGGACCUAAAAAAGGACGGCGUCGUCAACGCCGUCCUCUCCAUCUUCGACACGGACCAUUCGGGUAGCAUCACCCUCGAGGAGUUUGUCACCAAGUGGGAGCAAGGGGAGCGUUUGCCGGACUUUGGAAUGGGAAGUGGUCACCAUGGUGAUGCGGAGUACGAGUACGAGAUUCAUCAUUGGGAGAAGUAUCAUGGUGGGGAUGAUGUCAAGGAGGAGGAUUUGGUGCAUGCGGAGGAUAUUGAGCAUUUUCGGAAACAUGCCGAGGAGGAGCAUAGGAGGGCCGAGUGGGAAAGGUUGGAAAAACAGGGGGUGGUGCUGAAGAAUAUUCCUGGAAAGUUUCGGGUGGGUUGACUGAGGUGGAGGUGAAUGUUUGUAUGCAUGUAUGAUGCUGGUGAUAUACGGGGGGCGCACCUUCUGGAUUCGGCUGGAUGGUGUGGUCAUGUCUGGCGCGGCUUCCUUUCGCUUCAUUUCGGACGUAUAUAUUUUCUCGUGGAUUGCUGUGGCAAUAAAAGCAGGCGAAUCGUGGUAUUCAGCAUAUCUUUUCUCGGGUUCCGGCGCAGAGCUCCAUUCCAAAAAUCCUAAUCGUUUUCCUUCUUCUACUGCAUCUUUUCACGUCCGACUGAACAACCCCCUGCGCCUCUGUACUGCUGUUUUCCACAUCUAAUUUAAACAGCUAGCAGGGAAGCAAUAUACAAGGUCCUGCAAUUAGCUUUGUAGCG